CCAGCAGUGCACGACAAUGUCACGAACUGCUCGCGUUGCGGUGCUCGGAGGCGGAAUCGCCGGACUCUCGGCCGCAUGGAGACUCGCCAAACGUCUAGAACCGUCGUCCAUCGUUCUCCUCGAGGCGAGCCGCCGUCUAGGCGGUUGGAUUGAAAGCACGAAAACGUCAGACGGCGGUGUGUUUGAACACGGACCCAGAAGCUUGCGACUGGCGGGAAACGCCGGACGAGCGUCUCUAUCGUUAGUUGAAGAGUUAGGGCUAGGGGAUGACGUGCUUCCUGUCCUGCCGAGUAACAAGGGCGCGCGUAAACGUCUUAUCUACGGUGAUGGCAGGAUGAAUGAAUUGGGUGGUGGGCUGGCGGGAAUGUUUCGGCGGUCGGCGUUGUUCAGUGAGCCGCUAGCGCGCGCGAUGAUGAGAGAAUUAGUGAGGAAGAAUGCGCCCGCGUGUGAGGACGAGACGGUGCAUCAGUUCUGCGAGAGAAGACUCGGAAACGAGAUUGCUCAUUGGUUGGCAGAUCCUCUUUGUCGUGGCAUCUUUGCCGGCAGCUCGAAACAUUUGAGUAUGAGAUCUUGCUUUCCGAAAGUUUACGAGUACGAACGGAGAUAUGGGUCGGUUAUUAGAGGAGCAGUGAUGAGCAAGAAAGAAAGAUUACGCUACAAGAACUCUGAGCUGGUAAAACGAUCCAAGAAGGAAGCAUGGGUGACGUGGAGCCUCAGAAACGGACUAGAGAGCUUACCUAACAGACUCGGACAUGCUUUAUCCGCAAGAGGAGUCAAGAUCUUGAAAAACAAACCGUGCACGUCUCUAGAAAUCAACAACAACGAAAUCAAGGUUCACAUGAAGGGAGAAGACAGUGCAGUCAGAGUUGAUUCUGUAGUGAGUGCAAUACCGGCCAGAAAUUUGAGUAGUGCAUUGAUGGCGAAUCAUCCGACACUUGCAUCACACUUGGAGAGAAUAUCGGCCGUCACUGUGGCUAUUGUGUUGUUGGAAUUUGAUGGCAAAGUGUUGCCGACUGAGGCGUUUGGGUAUUUGGUGCCGUCACAUCAACCGAGCAAUGCACUGGGAGUCGUGUUUGAUUCGUGUAGUUUUCCAGAACAUGACAGGACGGGGUCACCAUCGACACGAUUGACUGUGAUGAUGGGAGGACAUUGGUUCAACGAUUUGUUUGGUGGUGCUCACUCACUCACUGAAGACCGAAUCGAAGCGAUAGCCAGAGAGACGAUUGCUGAUCAUUUGGGGAUUCAAGCAAAACCUACGAGAUGUUUAGUUCGUAUACUAAAGGACUGUAUCCCUCAAUACAACAUCGGCCACCAUGAAACUAUUGGUGCAAUUGAUCAGUACAUCGAAGAGCAUUCUCUCCCGUUGACAUUAGUCGGUGCUUCCUAUCGAGCAGUGGCUGUCAAUGACAUUGUAGAUACGACAAUGCAGGCUGUAGAUCAGCUGUGCAACAAGCGGAUGGAAUCGUGGUCAUGUUGAUCAAUAUGAAAGCAUUAAUGGUAGUCUGAUGUUGAGGUGUUGUAAGUAGAGAUGAUGACUGUGUAGGUGUAAUUAAUUGACAUCAACACAGACCAAUAAUUACUAUUGAUGUCAUGUGGUAUGUCUAUGAUUGUGGUGUGUGUGUGUGUGUGU